UAGCCUAUGAUGGGAAGGGAGUGAGACCAACUGUGCACUGAUCCGUGGCAUACCAAGACAGACGACAGAAAAAUAACUACAAUCAUGACACGUAAAAUUAACAAUACAAUAGAUAAAUGUAUCAUGUUUUGAAAUAAGGUUUAUAAAGAGAAGGGAGUCAGAGAAUGCCUCAUAAAAAAACGUAUCCUUGUUUGGAAAUAGUGCUAGCUUGGUUGUCGUCGUCCAUGCGUCUCGCUGGAUGAGUUUCUACAGUAGGUCUGCUAACGCCUUUUGUAUUCAGCCAUGUCCGAACUAAAAACCCGUGAACUGCUCAAUGCCUUAUUACGCGAUCCGUGGCUCUGGAAUGCAAUGCAACAUUGUUGCGUCGCAUAACGAUAAUGUGUUCCACUUUAGAAAGCGAGUUUGUUCCAGCCAUUUUUUGCGGAGAAGCAAAUCACUUCUAUGUUUCGCAUCGACUAUGUAUUUUUGGGGAUUAAACGCCUAAAUAAUAGGAAUCUUCCAGUUGUUUCGAGUUGUCUCGCCUAUCAUGGAAGAUACGGAGCAGAGUGAGGAGGAGCAGAAGGAACUGGAGCAUGUGGUCCUCUGUCUGCAGGAGGAGGGCAUGGCCCCCGGGGCCUCAGUGAAGGAGCAGCUGGGUUUCCUAUGGAGGCUGUUCCAGCACAGCGAGGGACGCCUCGUCGCCGUGACCUAUGACCUGGACAGCCUACGAGCACGCCACUCUGCCGAGAUGGCCGAGGUGCAGAGGUACCUGGAGCACAUCCGUAGCCUAUCAGAGAAGAGGGAUGCCGUGGCCCAGGAGUACGAGCAGGAGAAUGAGGUCCUCAGGACCCAGCUGCAACGCCUGACACUCCAGCAAGAUGCCCAGAUGAAUGAGGUGGCUGAGAUGUUGUACCAGGAGGGCCUGGCAGAAGUGAUUCCCAGCAGCCACAGUGAACAGGUGGCCUACCUGCUGGUGGAGAGGGCCUCCCUGCUGGAGAGACCUGAUGACCCCCAGGCCCCGCAGGUCCCCGAUGCCCAGGCAGGGACCCCCUCCGCCAGCCAGCAGGAGACACAGUCCCAGAUUCAGUGCCCCAAAGAGAGUAUGGACCAGGGGGCACCCUCACGUGGCCAGAGCCCAUGGAAGAGGCUCUUUGGACUCCGCAAGGCAGCUCAGAGUAAACAGGCUUUGGCCUCAGUUGAGCUCAGGCCGGGGUCAGGGCUCAGUGUGGAGCGGGAGUGGGCCCAUCUAGAGAGAGACCUGGAGGAGGCGUCACGCCGCUUGGCCAUGGCCCACAGAGAGAUCCGACGUCUGACCGAUGAGCUAGAGUCAGCCCGCAUGACCCAGAGUGCCUAUGAGCCAGAGCUGCAGGGAGCCCAGGAGGAGGUAGAGCAGCUCAGACAGGAAGUGGAAAUGCUCAAGAAAUGUGACGUGGUGGAGUUGCGUAAGGCCAAGGAGCUGAAUGAUCGUCUGGACCAGGAGAUCAGAGCCCUCAGGACGAGGGUGCGCACCAUGGACGCAGAGAGAAAGACCCUCCUAGAGACGGUGGAGAAAAUGAAGGACUCUGACAAUGCGGCUAAGAUCCACCCAGAAGCACUGGAGCUUAACUUGGCUAAGAGAGAAGGGAUAGCCGCCCCUCAGAUGCACACUGUCUGUCUCCAGACAGAACUACUACUCCUGGACCAGGACAAGACCCAUGAAAGAUGCCUCCAGCAGUCCGAGACCAAGGACAAACUAAAUGAUGUGCGUCGUCAACUGCAGGGGCUGCAGGAGAAAUAUGAUGAGCUGCUGAAUGUUACGAGGAAGGCAGAGGAGUACGAGGACUACGAGGAGCUGAAGAAGCAGAGAGAAGAGGAGGAGAAGGUUCUGGAGCUGCUGAUGGAUAAGACCGAGGAGGUGGAGGAGGAAUAUGAGGAACUGAAGACUAAGAAAGUGGAGGUGGAGAGGGUGUAUGAGGAGCUGAAGAUUAAGAUGGAUGAGGAGAAGGAAUAUGAACAUCUGGAGAAUAUGAGGGAGGAGUUGAAGCUGGAUGAAGCUCUGGGCCGGAGCAGGCAGCAGCAGCAGCAUUGUAGUCAGGCGGUGGAACUGCAGCUUAAGGUGUGUGCUGAGUUGAAGCAGGGCCAAGCUAUGGUCAGCCAUCUGGAGCAGAGGGCUCUGCAGCAGGAGAGUAGGGAGCUGAGGGAGGGGCUGGCCCAGAGCAGCCAGAAAGCCCAGAGUUGCAGCCGUCUGCUGGAGGAGCUGAGCGCUGAGAGGGCCAAGCUCAAAGCCAUGGAGAUGCAGGGUCUGCAGCAGCAGCUGAACGUGGAAAGAAACCGCAACACAGAGUCUGGCCAGCAAGAGGAGGAGGCAAGAUACACGGCCCUUAGGACUCAGGACAACCAGCUCCACAGGAGGAUGUGGGAGCAGAGGGAGGAGGAGCUGCAGGAGGAGGGGUGUUCCCUGCGAGAGGUGGAAGCCUCCCUGAACUGCACUAACUCAGAGCUGCAGAGUCAGACAGGCACAGCCAGGCAGGAGAUUCCUGCUGAUUAUGUAAACCUGAAGGAAUGCCUGGAGGCCAGGCAGGAGGAUUGUGAGAAACUGACACAGGAGCUUAUGGAAGUUCUCAUGUGCCUGGAUUUACAGAAAAGCAAGAACGCUGAGAAGCGAUCUCAGCACAAAGCCAAAAUGCGGCGAGCCAAACAGAUUUUUUUGAAGGAGACAGGAUGUCGUGAUGAGAGGAUUCAAAGCCUUGAGAGAGACCUGGCUCUCGCCUUAACCUCAUCAGCCAGGGAGAAAGAGAUGAUAGUGAACAUGAAUGAGGAAAAUCGGAAACUGCUGGCAGAGAAGAGGGAUCUGCUCGGAACACUGAAUGAUGUGGAGGAGAAAACAAACAAGAGUGUGCUUGCUGCCACUACAGCUCAAUGCAGAGUUCUGCCUGGAGCAUUUGACAUGAGAAGCCAUUUGGACAACAUCUAUAGGAGCAAGGCCAGUCACACAGAGGAAGCCACCUCUCCACGCUCUUCACUCACCUCUCCACGCUCUUCACUCACCUCUCCAUGUACUUUACUCACCUCUCCACGCUCUACCCUGACCAUGCAGCCUGUGGAGAUGGGCUAUCUGAACCUGACCUCAUUCCCAGGGGUGUGGGACAGCAAUCUGAACCUGACCUCCCCUCUGACCAGGGCUGACCACAACUUCUGACGCACUGAGCUCGGACAGUGACGAGGUGUGAGGACAGAUGGGCAGAUACAGCCAAACUUAAGAAGGGAAUGCUGCAAUGAAUAAUACCAUGACAGGACUAGUUGUUUUAUUUUUAUAUUACAUAUAUUCUAUGCAUUGUGGUUUAAGUCUAUUAAAGUGAAUUUUGUGUCAUGAUA